AAGACGGACGCUUUUAGCCAGCGUGUGAUUUUUUUUCUUUUGUCACAGUUCUCUGUCAAGUUUUUACACAUUUAUCGGUAAUGACGCGUCGCAGUAAAUAAACAGAAACUAUAUACUAUGUUUGGGGCUUUUAACGCACGUUUAAUCGGGCAUUCUCGCGGAAUCGUUUCCCUUAAAUCAGCUCUUGCCGUUCGCUUGUUAUUUGUCGUACCGUUAUGAGUGACGUGUAACUUAACUAAACGCGAAAUUCUUCCCAAAUAACACAUCUGAAACGGGUUUAUGAUGUGUUUAAGCUUGAUAAAGUGAUUGUAUCUGCUAUGAAAGAACACGUUCAAGCCGUCAGCUAAGGAUGUGAUAAAUUGCGGAUCGUUUAUGAUGGAAAUAGACAAAAGACACUGUUAUAAACGAGCAAUUGAACUUUAACAUGUAACGGUAGAUGACUGAGGCUGAAUAUCAGUGAGGAUAUUUGGAUCAGCUUGCCUUCUUCAGCGUGGUACAGUGUUGCUCAGAAAGGCACCAAGAUGAUGUACUCUUCACGGAGGAAACCUGUGCUGUAUUUCAAAGAUGACAGAAGAAGUGAAAGUCGAGGGGUGCGGCGUCCAGGAGAUUUUCUGUCGAGGAAAUGCACCGUCUGGAAGCUGUUUGGCCUCUGCAUGGUGUUUGUUUUUGGGUCCCUUCUCUGGGUGCAGCUGACGUGUUCAGGAGACAUGAGCCAGACUGCUGGAUACAGCCAUCUCCCUCAACAACCUUGUCCCAUAGACAGACAGUCGUCCCAUGUUGAUGAUCCUUCCUGGGGCCCUCAUAAAAUGGCCCUGAUUGUCCCAUUCAGAGAGCGUUUUGAAGAGCUGCUUGUGUUUGUCCCUUAUAUGCACGCCUUCCUCAACAAGAAGAAAAUACGACAUAAAAUAAUAAUUAUAAACCAAGUAGAUCACUUUCGGUUCAAUCGUGCCUCUCUUAUUAACGUUGGCUACAUGGAAAGUGGGAAUGACACGGACUACAUUGCAAUGCAUGAUGUGGACUUGUUGCCUCAAAAUGAGGAUCUGAACUAUGGGUUCCCAGCAGAUGGGCCCUUCCAUGUGGCCUCACCAGAGCUUCAUCCUUUAUAUCACUAUAAGACGUAUGUUGGAGGGAUCCUGCUGCUCACUAAGAAACAUUAUCUGGCGUGCAACGGGAUGUCAAACCGCUUUUGGGGAUGGGGAAGAGAAGAUGACGAGUUUUUCAGGAGACUAAAAGCAGCUAAUCUUGAGCUUUUUAGGCCAACGGGUAUCACUACAGGAACUAAAACAUUUAGACACAUCCAUGAUCCAGCCUGGAGGAAAAGAGACCAGAAGCGGAUCGCGGCACAGAAACAGGAGCAGUUUAAGGUGGACCCGGAGGGUGGCCUGAGUAACCUUCACUAUAAGGUGGAAUCCAGAAAGGAAGUGUCAAUCAGCGGAGCUCCAUGUACUGUGAUCAACACCUUUGUGGAGUGUGACCUCAACCAGACCCCAUGGUGCCAGUUCAGCUAAUAAUAAUAUUAGUUCAUAAUGCAUAAUUCACUUAAUGCUUAAAUAGGACCUGGAAAGCCAGAAUGAUACGGAUUCUCCUUCUGUGGUGCCAGAAAAGCUUUCACAGAUUAUCAGUGCCAGUCACACUUGGAAAAAAAAAAACAGACCGUCGGACCAAAUAGACUUGAAUAUGUGACUGGUGGAAAAGGAGGCUUUAUUUUUCUAUGACAAGUGUUUUUGGCUUCAUCCUUAAUGAAGCUUUGCCUCAUUUUUGAAGUGAACUAUGGACCAUUAACAGGUACAGCACUGAGUUUGCUUCAUCGACACUGCAAGCAUCCAAAUGUCUGAUUUUUAAUGAGUUUUAUAAUAUUUUUAGCUGUAGCCGUGGCUUGUUUUGAAACAUUUCUCCUCGUGCAAUUGUGAGUAUUUGCUCAGCCUGGUCUUUUUGCUUGAAUUUAAAAUC